AUGCCCGUGGUAAGAAGCCCGCUACCGAGUCCUAACCUCAACGAUGCUGAAAGCAACUGCGCCGCAUGUGAUAGACCCGAUACGGUGGACGAAAUGGUCCAAUGCGACAGAUGCAACGAAUGGUGGCACUAUUCCUGUGUGGGAGUCACGAGUUCGGUCAGCGAGAGAGCGUGGAGCUGUUCUAAAUGCAAUUUAGCAGCUAAUGCAUCAUCGGUAAACAGUGUUUCAGGUCAUGCUUCUCUACUAGCUGAUACAAUGCAACGGCUAGUGGAGAGACAAGAGUUGGAGAAACAACGUGUCGAACUAGAGCUGCAAAAGAAGUUCCUGGAAGAACAACAAAAAUUGUUCAAUGCCACCGUUAUGGAAGAAAUUAGGAGUCAAAAAAGUCGUGCGAGCCGCCGCUCUGCCCAAAACCGGGUGAACGAAUGGCUGGAUUCAUCAGGAGAAAGCGCAUUGGGUGUAAUUGUCGAUCCACUAGCAGCCUCCCAGAUCGAAACCGAGCCACCAGCGGGACCCACAGACUCAUCGGAUGAAAAACAGUUAGGAGUAUCACCGGAGAUCGAGCCUGGUGCAGCGAAAUCGCAGCAGUCACAGAGACAGCUGGAUGCCUGCGACCAGCAGAAACUAGCUCAGGAGCAAAUCAUCGAUUUACGAGAGCAAUUGGAGCAAUGUAAGAAGCUACUUACCGGACUGCACAUGUCAAACAACACACAGGUAAAGGCUACUGGUACAAUAACAAAAUCCCGUCCGAAAGCCCCUGAAGUAGAAAAUCGUCAUGUCUUAAUUAACAAUCCUUGUCAGUCUUUAUCAACAAAUCCCCCCACGACCAAUACCAAUACAUAUAACGAUACUGUUGCUGACGAAGAGUUAAACAACCGUGAUAGUAUGUUCAAUUUGUAUGGAGCUGCAAAUCAAAGGAAUCGCCCCAUACUUUCACGGAAUACAAGAGUGAAUUCGCCCUCAAACCCGCAACAGCUUACAGAACGGCAGUUUCUGACCCGCGACCUUCCGUCCAAUACGCGAGUGAAUUUAUCCGCAACCCCCCAACAGAUUGCAGCGCGGCAUUCGCUGGCUCGUGAUCUUCCCUGUUUUUCCGGCAAUCCUUCGGACUGGCCGAUAUUUAUCUCUAACUUCAAUUACACUACGAAAGCUUGUGGCUAUACAGACGGUGAAAAUAUGGUUCGACUUCAACGAUGUCUCAAAGGACACGUACUUGAGACUGUUCGUAGCCGAUUGGUGUUACCCCAGGCGGUGCCACACGUCAUCGAAACGCUUCGCAUGCGGUAUGGGCGACCGGAGGUGUUGAUAAACUCGUUGCUGCGAGAUGUACGAGCAAUUCCUGCUCCUAAAUCGGAAAAACUGGAAGGAUUAAUUGAAUAUGGGAUGGCAGUGCAAGCAUUGUGUGAUCAUAUUGAAGCAGCUGACGAACAGGCGCAUUUGGCGAACCCUACGCUUUUGCAGGAGCUUGUGGGAAAGCUACCAGCGGAUCAAAAGCUAAUGUGGGCUGGUUACAGACGAGGUGUUGUGCAUGUAAAUUUACGAACUUUCUGCGACUAUAUGUCCGACGUCGUCCGCGACGCGUCGAGUGUCGUACUGUACGAACCUGGCGCAGGAAAAACAGCGAGCAAGGAAAAGUCGAAAAAUAAAGGAUACACGAAUACACAUGCUGUCAUUGAUACCAACGAUCCGAUCGAAACUAAAACCACGAAAUCGUUUGAGUGUCAUUAUUGCGGCAAGCAAGGUCACCGUCUUCGUGAAUGCAACAGAUUCAAAGCACUAAGUGUGGACGAUCGAUGGCGAAAGGUUCGCGAAUUGGGAUUAUGUCACACUUGCCUCUUUAGGCAUGGACGACGGAGUUGUCGUAGCACGUACCGGUGCACAGUCGAUGGUUGUCAGUAUCGCCAUCAUGCGCUUCUACAUUCAGGAUCACAUCCGGCAGAAAAUCAUACUCACCGUUAUCUUGAGUCUAGUUUUCUUUUUCGUAUAGUUCCUGUUACUGUUUAUGGAAAAUCUGGGUCUACUGAUGUUUUUGCAUUCCUAGAUGAGGGUUCUACACUCACGCUGAUUGAAGGCGAAUUAGCAACGCAGCUUGGUAUCGAAGGAAGUCCUCAACCACUCUGUCUUCACUGGACAGGCAACGUGUCGCGCAGCGAGAAGGAUUCACAAAGGGUUUGCUUCGAGCUCGCGGGAACAGAAUACUGCAGAAGAUUUAAGAUAACAGAGGCAAGAACGGUUGGCUGUCUCAACCUGCCUAGUCAGAGUUUUCAUCGGGAACAAGCGGAGAAGAGGUAUAAGCACCUGAAAGGAUUACCACUGCCUAGUUAUGCGAAUGCUGUGCCGAAACUGUUAAUCGGAAUCGAUAAUCUACGAUUGGCUUUGCCACUGAAAGUGAAAGAAGGAGACGGAAAUGGACCGGUAGCAGUAAAAACACGACUCGGUUGGUGUGUAUACGGCCAGCAACGGAACGAAUCCAGCAAGAUGCAUAGUUUUCACAUCUGCGAGUGUAAUUCCAACAGCGAGUUGCAUGAAGUCAUGAAACAGUUCUUUGCGAUCGAGCAAGCGAGUGUUAAAAUACCGGAUUCAGUAACAUCGGAGGAAGAUCGACGUGCUCAGCAUAUUUUAGAGAGUACUACUAAACGGAUCGGGAAUCAGUUCGAGACCGGAUUAUUGUGGGUGCAGGACGAAAUAGUACUCCCAAACAGUUACCCGAUGGCUAUGCGUCGUCUGAAAUGCCUCGAACGUCGGAUGGAACGUAAUCCCCCGUUGAAGGAGAAUCUUCAUCAACAGCUUCGCGAAUACAGUGAGAAGGGAUAUGCCCACCGAGCGACAAACGAUGAAUUAACGAGAGCAGAUCCAAACAGAGUUUGGUAUCUUCCCUUAGGAGCAGUAACCAACGCGAAGAAACCCGGAAAGGUCCGCAUAAUCUGGGAUGCGGCCGCUAAAGUAGAUGGCGUAUCGCUCAAUUCCGUUUUAUUGAAGGGUCCGGAUCAGCUAGCGUCUCUGCCUGGUGUUCUUUUUCGUUUUCGAUUGUAUCAAGUGGCAGUAAGUGCCGAUAUUCAACAAAUGUUUCAUCAGCUUCGUAUACGGGAUGCAGAUAAACACUCACAGCGAUUCCUGUGGCGUUUCAAUCUCUCUGAAGAACCGUCAAUUUACCUGAUGGAUGUUGCCACGUUUGGCUCCACAUGUUCGCCAGCAUCAGCGCAAUACAUCAAGAACCUCAACGCGAUGGAGCAUUCCGAAAAGUUUCCGAGGGCAGUUCAAGGUAUCAUCGACAGCCACUACGUCGACGAUUAUCUCGACAGUUUCAGUAGCGAGGAAGAAGCGAAACAGAUAGCUGAAGAAGUGCGUCUAGUUAAUCGGAAUGGUGGGUUCACGUUGCGUGGGUGGCGAUCAAACAACGAAAAUGUCUUGGAUCAUCUGGGUGAGCCAAAGACCGUGAACGAUAAGACACUCUGGCUAACAGGAACAGAGGGGACUGAGCGUGUGUUAGGCCUGUUGUGGUUUCCCAGGACAGAUGAGCUGCGAUUCUCUACACAAAUGAGCGAGGAUGUGGUAAACUUGAUCGCUGAAGAUAUUCGACCGACGAAGCGGCAGAUUCUAAGGUGUGUUAUGACGCUGUUUGAUCCCUUAGGAUUACUGGCACCUUUCUCUAUCCACGGCAAGGUACUCAUUCAAAAUCUCUGGAGAACUGGUGCGGAUUGGGAUGAAGAAGUCGACGACAAUGCUUAUGACUUCUGGCGAAGAUGGACGAAGAUGAUAGAAUUCAUUUCGACCGUACAUUUACCACGAUGCUACUUUCCUGGUGCAACGGAAAACACAUAUACUGAUGCUCAACUUCAUGUGUUUGUGGACGCUAGUGAAACCGCCUACUCUUGUGCUGUGUACUUACGAACGAUAGAUAUUAACGGUGAUCCUCAAUGCGUUCUCGUGACUGGGAAAGCAAAGGUGGCCCCUGUGAAGCCAAUGUCUGUGCCAAGAUUAGAGUUGCAGGGAUGCGUGCUAGGUACACGGCUAAUGAAAUUCUUUCUUGAGAAUCACCGUAUUUCUGUUACCAGACGGGUUCUUUGGACCGAUUCUACAACUGCAUUGUCUUGGAUUCUAGCGGAUCCACGCAACUAUCGACCAUUUGUGGCACAUCGCGUCGGAGAAAUCUUGGAGUCAUCUAAAGCUAGCGAAUGGAGGUGGGUUCCGUCAAGAUUAAACCCUGCGGAUGAAGCGACCAAGUGGGGAAGUGGCCCUUAUUUCAGUGAUGAGAGCAAAUGGUUUGGAGGACCAAGUUUUCUACUUCUCUCGGAAGAGAAUUGGCCGAAAUCUGCAAAGCCGUCAGUAGCAACUACUGAGGAACUGCGUCCGUCAUCGUUACUUCAUGUGUUGAUUGGAUACCUGAUCGAUUACAAUCGCUUUUCACGCUGGGAAAGACUUCAUCACACUAUCGCUUACGUCAACCGUUUCGUGUACAACAUCCGAAGUGUGGGACCAAGGUAUUUCGGACAUCUUCAGCAAGAAGAGUUACUGGCUGCUAAGGAGACUAUUUUUAAGCAAGUUCAGGCUGAAAGUUACAUGGAUGAAAUGAUACUGCUGAAAAGAAACUUAUCUCUACCAUCGGAUCAAAGGAAGCCGUUGCAUUCCAGUAGUCCGUUACACCAUUUCAUGCCGGUGUUGGACGAUCGUGGACUAAUCCGCCAAUACAGUCGAGUAAGGAAAGCUCAACAUCUGUCUACCGAUAUGCGGUACCCUAUAAUAAUGCCAAAGGAUCAUCAUGUAACGUUGCUUCUGAUCGAUUGGUAUCAUCGUACAUACCGUCACGCUAAUCAUGAAACGGUAUGCAACGAGAUACGGCAAGUGUUCACGAUCCCGAGACUUCGUACAAUGGUGAGAAGGAUCUCCCGGGAAUGUCAAUUUUGUAAAAUUCGUAGAGCUCAACCGCAAAUACCCGUAAUGGCUCCAUUACCAGCAGCUCGGCUUGCUGAUCACGUUCGUCCCUUCACGUAUACGGGAAUCGACUACUUCGGACCGCUUCUGGUGAAAAUUGGAAGAUCAAACGUGAAAAGGUGGAUUGCUCUCUUCACCUGUCUUACAGUUCGUGCAGUACAUCUGGAAAUUGCUUACAGUUUAUCUACUGCUUCCUGUAUCUCCUGUGUCAGAAGAUUUGUAUCUAGGCGAGGGUCUCCAGUCGAGUUCUUUACAGACAACGGGACAAACUUCCAGGGAGCAGAGCGAAUUCUACGCGAGCAGAUCAACCAGGGAUUGUCUGCAACAUUUACGAACGCGUCGACAAAAUGGACCUUCAUUCCACCGGGAGCUCCGCACAUGGGUGGUGUGUGGGAGCAUUUAGUGCGUUCGGUGAAAACAGCGAUGGGGUGUGCGUAUUCGGACGAGAAGUUGGACGAUGAAGGACUGCAAACGUUGGUCGUGGAGGUGGAAGGAUUGGUAAAUUCAAGGCCUCUGACGUAUUUGCCGAUCGAUUCUGAGGAAUCGGAGGCGCUCACACCGAAUCACUUCUUGCUUGGAAGUUCAAGUGGUGUCAAACAACCGGUUGUGCCUCUAGCUUCGCGGACUAAGAUUUCGCGAGAUACGUUAACUCAAAUUCAACAGCGUCUUGAUGUUUUCUGGACACGAUGGCUAUUGGAAUACAUGCCAGUGAUUCGCAGACAGUCGAAGUGGUUUGGCGAAGUCAAAGCUAUUGAAGAAGGGGACUUAGUACUGAUCGUCGAGGAAGCGAAGCGGAACGGCUGGACUCGUGGUCGCGUGGUUGCUGUUACGAAGGACAGCGAGGGCAGAGUACGUCAGGCGAUAGUUCAAACGUCUAGCGGGCAGCUGCGUCGUCCGGUAUCCAAACUAGCGUUGUUGGAUGUUGGAAAGGCACGUGUAGUCUUGAUCGAUGGCAAGAUACACCCAGGGGAGGAUGUUGACGCAGCAGACGAUCCGGCAACGCUGCCAGCAUAA